CAAGUGCAUCUCUCACUGUGAAAGGUGCUCCUGCAAUAGAGGAGUUGAAGCCAGAGUUUACAGAGACACUCAAAGACCUCACUGAUGUAGAGCCAGGUCAGGCUGCCGAGUUUGCUGUUAAAGUCAAAGCAUUUCAAGAUGCAGAAAUAUCAUGGUGCAAAGACAAUAUGGUGCUCAAAGAUGAUGGCCAUUACAAAAUCUCUAAUGAAGAAGAUGUUUUCACCCUUAGAAUUCAAGAUGUGAGCCCUGAAGAUUCAGGAACUUACACUUGUAAAGCAAAAAAUAAAUAUGGUGAGGACAGUGCCAGUGCAUCUCUCACUAUGAAAGAUGAGGGGAGAAAUCCUGGUUUCACAGCCAGGUUGUCUGAUAUAUGUGUAACAGAAGGACAGACAGUCACGCUUAAGUGCAAUAUCACUGGCACACCAGAGCCUGACAUUGAAUGGCUAUUAGAUGGCCAUAUUAUAAAACCCUCGCAUGAUUUUACAAUGAGUUUUGAUGGAACUGAAGCAAGCUUUACUAUCAAGCACCCGUACCCUGAAGACACUGGGGAAUACACAUGUAAAAUCAGAAACACUGAGGGUGAAUGUGAAUGCAAAGCAAUGCUAACCAUCCUAGAGGAUGAGAGUAAGAAACUCUCCAGGGUCUCAGCAAGUGAGGAUGAAUCCAUGAAAGUUGCCCCUGUGUUGAUAUCUAAGUUCAGUGACACUGAAGUUGACCUGGGACAGACUCUGGUGUUGGAAUGUACAGUUCUUGCCACGGAAGACCCACAUGCAGAAUGGACAUACAAUAACAAUCCACUUACAAAAUCAGAAGAUAUCUUAGUUGAUUUUGAUGGUACUGCUGCCAUUCUAAUUGUGAAUAAUAUGGAGGAAUCUGGAACAUUCACUUGUAAAAUUAAAAAUGAGUACGGUGAGACUUCAUGCAGUGCUGAGGUUACUGUUAAAAUACCCGAGCUGUCUAAUGGGCCGGAUGGUAAGCUGUGCAUGAUUUUAGAGUGUCAAAGUCCCACUAGUCCAUACUAGCAAAAGCUAGUAACAACUACUCCAUGCAUGCAGUAGCUAUAGAUCCCAGAUACAGCAGGUGUGGAGGCAACUAAAGAUGUUCCACCCAGAUUUGAUAGGAAGCUAGAAGAUCAGACAAUUGAGGAGGGUGACCACCCAAUUAUCCUAUCAUGUGAGAUCAACAGUGACUCCACUACUGAUGUUGAAUGGAUCAUAGAUGGGCAUUUAGUUGAGCCAUCAAAACGGGUCGACGCCCAAUUUGAUGGAAAGUUAGCAACAAUGACAUUCAAGCAGGCCAAACAGGUAUACUCUGGUGAGGUGACUGUCAGAGCUAAGAACCCAUAUGGAGUUGAGGAAUGUAGUGCAAUAUUAACUGUUACAGAAAAAGAGAAACCUAAGAAGAAAUUGGUUGGUUAUAUACCUGAAUUUGUAAAGCCACUCACAGAUGUUAAAGUUAAGGAAGGCAAACCAGCAAAAUUGAAAUGUGGCAUAAUGGGUGACCCUUUGCCAAUGGUAGAGUGGUUUUUCAUGGGCAAACCUGUUGAAAAAUCCAAUGACAUCACCGUUUCAUUCAAAGGUCCAGUAGCAACUUUCAUUAUAAAUGAGGCCUUACCUGAGCAUUCUGGUGAAUACACAUGUAAAGUUACGAAUGACAAUGGUACAGUGGAAUGUAGUGCCACGCUCACUGUGGAACUUGAUGUUGAAAAACAUGCUAACCCACCUGAACUUAUAGAAGAACUUAAAAGUACUAAAGUAGAAAGUGGUGAAGAUGUUGUUUUAGAAUGUAAAAUUAAAGUCCCUGAACAACCAGAUUAUGAAGUUGAGUGGUUCUGGAAUGGAAAACGAAUAUAUGAGAACAAGAACAGAAAGUUUAGUCAAGUGGAGGAGACGUUUACAAUCAAGCUGACUGAUGUAAUGACAAUGGACGAAGGGGAGUACAAGAUUAAGGUGUCCAACAUCAAAGGAGAUGUAUCGACACGGGCAACAUUAUCAAUAGCAGCCAAGAAAAAGAAAAAACAAGAAGUAGAGGAAGAUGGUUAUGCUCCAAUGUUCACCAAGAGGUUCCAUGAUGCAAUCACAAGUGCAGGGGACAAAACCACACUUGAGUGUAGACUGCUUGGGUCUCCAGACCCUGAUAUUCAGUGGAAGAAGGAUGGUGUCCCCAUUGAGCCAAGUGACAAGUUUAACCUUACCAGAGAUGGUGGGAACAUAUCUUUUACAAUCAAUGGCACCAAUCCAGAGGAUGCUGGCACAUACACAUGUGUAGCUAGUAAUGCCAGUGGAAAAGUGGAAUGUUCAGCUAAUCUUCAAGUGGAAGGUGGUGAAAUUGUGACUGAUAUCAUUGCCCCUGAGACUGCUGCAGAGGCUGCCAGUGCCCCUGAGCCUCAACAUCUCCCCCCACAUAUGCCAAUGGAUGCUCCAAGAAUUAGGGACAGUAAAUCAGAGGAACUCACCCUGAAGUGGAAGUCAGCAAGCAUCCCUGAUGAUGCCAAAGAUUGUCCUAUUACAUAUACUGUUGAGGUCCAAGAACCAGGGGAUGCUGACUGGACAACAGUUGCAACUGACAUUGUAGAUACAAGUCACAACAUAGGUAAUCUAGAUCCUGAAAAGGAUUACCGCUACAGAGUAAUAGCUGUCAAUGAAUAUGGUCCUAGCACUCCAACAUUAGGAGUUACAAGGGAGGGUGAAAAAGAUACAAGAAAGAAAAUGCCUCCUAGAUCUCUUUACGAUGCUCCUACUUUGAGUGACAUGACAGAUGACGGUUUAAACCUCAGUUGGUCUCCAGCUACUUAUCCAUCAUAUGCUAAGCCAGCACCUAUAAAGUAUAAUGUAGAACAAAAUGAACCACCAAGUAAAGAUUGGAAAUCAAUUGCUGGUGAUAUUCCUGAAACACAACAUAGGGUUGAUGGCCUUGAUCCUUUUAAAGACUACAAAUUCAGGGUAACACCACUGAAUGAAUAUGGUUCUAGUGAACCAAGUUCACCUGUCAAACGACCUAAGAGAAAAGAUAAGUCAGUCGACGAGGAGAAUGAAGAUCAGAAUACAAAACCCUAUCCACCAAGAAUGCCAAUGGAAACUCCUAGAAUUAUUAAAGAAAACAUAGAU